UUCUUUCUGUAGUUAGAAAUAAUAGUUUAAAAAAACAUUAAAAGACUAAUAAUACUCAUAAUCAAAGCCGGGUGUGUGUGUGGGGGGGGGGGGGAGAAACUAGAAGGGAAAUAUUGAUGAGGUUUUGGAGGGUUAUUUAAUUUCCCCCCCAACCACACUGUAUUAUCCUGAUGCAAUAAAGCCUGGCUGUAAUGUAAUUUUAAAAUAUAUACGUCCAAGCAAAUAGUGGGGACAGAAUAUGACAAGUGUAUUUCGACAUUAUAAUUCAAGUGGGCUCCACCUACCAUCCGCCUCCCAAUUAAUGGCCUAACCAAGUUGCAAGAGCCUGCAUUGGCCAGACUUGAGAGGGAGCGAGAAAGAGACAGGCAGAGGAGAGGGGGCGAAAAGUGUCAUUGAGGCGAAGGGAUCGCCUCCCAAUCAACAAUAACUUGUUAGCAAGAGUCAAUUACCUCGCCUCUGCCUCUCGCCGUCUUUUUCUCCCCCCAGCCCCGAGAAGAGAAGCCUCUUGCUCUUCCCUUAGUCGGGAGGAGCCCCCCUUUUUGUUUGGGGGGGAAGAGAGGUGGGGGUGAAAGACAGAUCUGGGACGAUUUGGGGGGUGUAUCUUAAAAUAGCAGCUGAGAAGAGCAGAGAGAGAGGGAGGGAGGGAGAGGGAGGGAGAGAGAAAUAAAGUGGGACAGGAGCGCCUCAGCCACCUCUUUCCCAGGCAGGACUGCAGACCCUUGGCCGUCCAAGGACGGCUUCCACAGCCUGCCUGGCCCCGUCAGCGCACUCUCCUUCUUUCUCUACGGCCAGCAGCAGACUUGCCUCCUGGUGGAGUUGUGGACCUGAAGUUUCUUUCUUUUUCCCCCUUUUUCUUUUCUUUUUUAAUUUGUCCGCCUCCGUUUUCGGCGUUCUGCGUUGGUGGUUGCAGAAAAGCGAGAGGGGUCACCCAAGGCACAGAGAGAGGGAGAGAGAGGGGGAGAGAGAGAGAGAGAGGGAGGAACGGGGGUGCUCUGGUGGGGAAGGAGCAGGGAUUCCCAACGCCCGCCAAGCAUGACUUCCAAAGACGAAGGCAAAGCAGCCUCGGUAGAGGAGCGCAGGAGAAGCCCGCUGGACCACUUGCCCCCUCCGGCCAACUCCAACAAGCCCUUGACGCCCUUCAGCAUCGAGGACAUCCUCAACAAGCCCUCGGUGAGGAGAAGUUACACCAUCUGCGGGACUGCCCACCUGCUCGCCGCCGCCGAGAAGCACCCUCCGGCCGCCCUGCCCCUCUCCAGCCGGGCGCUGCUCUCGCAGACCUCGCCUCUCUGCGCUCUCGAGGAGCUGGCCAGCAAGACCUUCAAGGGGCUAGAAGUCAGCGUUCUCCAAGCGGCCGAAGGAAGGGAUGGGAUGACUAUAUUUGGCCAGAGACAGACUCCCAAGAAAAGGAGGAAGUCUAGAACAGCCUUUACAAACCACCAGAUCUACGAGCUGGAAAAACGGUUUUUGUAUCAGAAAUAUUUGUCCCCCGCUGACCGAGACCAGAUAGCCCAGCAGUUGGGUUUGACCAAUGCCCAAGUGAUAACGUGGUUUCAGAAUCGCAGGGCCAAGCUCAAGAGGGACCUGGAAGAGAUGAAAGCAGACGUGGAGUCUGCCAAGAAAUUGGGAUCCAACACCCAGGUGGAUCUUGUAGGCAUUGCCGAGCUGGAGGCAACCCCUGAAGGGAGAGCGAAGUCCCGCUCCCUUUCCCCCGCCCUCCCCAAACAUGAACUGGAAGGCAGCGGCCACCUCCAACUUUCCCCGGGCUCUCCUCUCACGGACCAGCCGGGCAGCAGCAAGGACUGCUCGGAAGAUGAAGAUGUGGAAAUUGACGUUGAUGAUUGAGUGUUGGCGGUGGUUGCUUCCUCCUCCUCCUCCUCCUCCUCCUCCUCCUCCUCCUCCCUCGCCCACCCUUCUUUUGCCCCACAAACAAAAACAAACGAAGAAAUUGACACAUCUCUCCCCACCCCGCUUCCCGCGCGCUCCCUUCUACGCACACACAAGGAGAGAACUGUCCCUCCUGCGCCUCGUCCUCAUCAGCACCCGAAAAACGCCGGACUAUAGGGAGAACUGGAACUCAGCUUCCUUGCCAACUGGAUAAGGCAAUCUCUUUUCAACAAAAGCAAUAAGCAAUAUAGAAAGAAUCAACAAAUGAGAACGAUUAUUAUUAACUUAAGAAUCAAUAGCUCAACGGCUGCCAAACCAGGUAGCUCUCACUUUUGGAAUGGUGCAAUUAAGGAAAGCUUCUGUACAAAUAUUUAAGCAAAUCUAUUGACUACUUUCAUUUUUGAGGGUUUAAUUUUUUUUUAAGAAAUAAACGAUCAACUUUUUUGUUUAUAAAAGAACGCAUAACCUUGGAAUAAACUCCACCUCUUUGAUGCUUUGUUGUUUUGAAAAGUUUUUUUAAAUUCACUUUUUAUGAAAUUUAAGUUAGGCUGUGGUUAGCAGUUGAUUCCCUUUUCUUGCAUGUUUCCAAUAUGCACGAAUUUUAUUUUAAUUUUUGUUCUUUUGUUUGGUUGUUUCAUUCUUUAUUAAUUGGUUUUAUUUUUCUUGGAUACUGUGGGGGGUAUGGGUUCUAUUGCAAGUUUAAAAUAUAUACUUUCUUUCCUCCUCCCACCCCAUCCCCCAGGCACCUAGGACUUGGUCUCCAAUGAGAUUUCUGCCUCGUUUUGCCAAUUAAAAGCUAUUUUUACCAUUUACUGCUAUUGUUGUGCUUUUAUUAAAAAAAAAAAAAAGCUACCUUUCGUAUUUUUAUAUGAGGGUGGCCUUAAGAAAAGAAGUCUAGACUUAUUUUUUACUCUUUUUUAGAAUUGUUUUGCAUGCUACCGAAAUAAUACUAAUACUAUUGAUAAUACUAAUACUACUGGUAAUAAAAAUAAUAAUAAUACUAAAGAACAGAUCCAGCCAUCAACCCAUGGAAAUAUUAACGUUAUACAUAUAAAUGUACAGAUUUAAAAUGUUUUUCUUUGAUCUGUAAAAAAAUUUAAAGGCCUGCUUAUUUAAGUCACAACAGGGACAAUGUUGCUUUAUAUCCUUAGAGUUGUACAGACAAGUCUUUUUCCGACACAAUAAAACCUUUACAAUUUUAA